AUGACACCAUUUACUGAAAUGAAGUCAUUUAAGUUAAAAGCACACCAAAAACAUUUUAGUGAGGAAGACCUAAUAAUAAAUCAGAAGGAUUACCCAGAAGCAAAAAAGAAUGAUAUUGUUGAAAUAUAUCACCCAGCACCAGAUGAUGAUAGUCAAAAAAAUAAGAAAAAUGAAUCUGAAGAAGAAUUUCCUAGACUGUUAUUACAAAUAAAGAACUUUUCAGAUGAUUUAUUGCAAACUAGAGAAACCAUAAGCAUUGAGCAAACUAUUGUCACUGCAUUUGGUUUACAGACUUAUAAAAAUGUAACGAUUCGCAUCUUAAAUCCAGCUGAUGUAGCUUUGGAUUCAAUAGAACUUACUUUUAAAGACCAGUACAUGGGAAGAUCUGAAAUGUGGAGGCUUAAAAAUAGUUUGGUCAGUGCUUGCGUUUACAUGAACAAAAAAUUAGAAUUUUGUGGUGGUACUGUGAGAUGUCAGGUAUACGAGAUGUGGGCGCAAGGAGAUAGAGUGGCUUGUGGAGUCAUUACUGACGAUACGAAAAUCGUUUUCAGAUCCUCAACGUCGAUGGUCUACCUGUUCUUGCAGAUGUCUUCGGAAAUGUGGGAUUUCGAUAUACACGGCGAUCUAUACUUCGAAAAAGCCGUGAACGGUUUUCUUGCGGAUUUGUUUAUGAAGUGGAAAAAGAAUGGCAGCAACCACGAAGUGACAAUUGUUCUAUUUUCAAGGACGUUUUAUAAAGCCAAUGCUCUCGAAGAAUUUCCUCAACAUAUGCGAGAAUGCUUACAGAAAGAUUAUAAAGGGAGAUAUUAUGAAGAUUUUUAUAGAGUUGCAGUACAAAACGAAAGAUACGAAGAUUGGGGAUCAGUUCUUGUACAGCUUAGAAGGAUAUUUCAGGAUUAUUUAAAAAUAGUGUUGGAGUAUCAUUCGAGACCUGGUUUAACCAUACCUGCAGCAAAUAAUAGUACUUCAGCGCAAGGAAAUUUUUUGGAAGUUCUCAAUAUGUCAUUAAAUGUAUUUGAAAAGCACUACCUGGAUCGCAGUUAUGACCGAACUGGUCAGCUCAGCGUAGUUGUAACACCUGGAGUUGGGGUAUUUGAAGUUGAUAGAGAAUUAACGAAUAUUACCAAACAAAGAAUAAUCGAUAACGGCGUGGGGAGCGAUUUGGUUUGCGUAGGUGAACAACCUCUACAUGCUGUUCCGCUUUUGAAAUUUCACAACAAAGACACCAACCUCAACAUACCUGACGACUACUCCAUGCCUCAUUGGAUAAAUUUGUCGUUUUAUUCCACAAAUAAGAAAAUUGCUUACUCGAAUUUUGUUCCGAGAAUAAAAUUGCCUCCCGCUCUGACCGAAGGCGAUGCGAAGAAAAUUUCACCAAAAAGUAAACUUUUACCUGAAGACGAGUACAUUCACAAUACAUUUUUCGAUUAUGACGCUUAUGAUGCGAAAAUAUUUCAACUACCUUCUGUCCAUCACGCACCUGAGAGUAGGAUCCCUUCUCGGUAUAAAAGAAGUUCAGGAAGUUUGUUGGAUUCUCAUGAACUGUCUAAGGGACAGAGACGCAAACUGUCUGAUCCUGAUAUAAUGCAGAGGUCCAGUACAAACGCUCGUUCCGAACCAAUAGCCAUUCCGCCGGGAGCUUGCAGCCCGGCUAUAUCUAUACAUCCAGACGAAAAAGAAUUAUCGCCUCCAGUGAGAAUGGUUGUCGGUUCGGAGGGUUCUCCUCCAUUCGAAUCUAGAGCGUUAAUCAACCCUUUUGAUCCAUCUCACGUCACCAUCAAGCUAACGUCUAACAGGCGACGAUGGACUCACAUAUUUCCGAAAGGUCCCACCGGGGUUUUGAUCCAGCAACAUCACUAUCAAGCCGUACCGACCAAAGACAAUCAUGACAAGGAGAACGACUGUCAGCUCGCCUCUUCUUUCAGCGCCUUGGCAGCUUUACAAGAGUAUUGCAAGAAACGUCCACAUCCUCAUCACAUCAGCCAAAAUGGUUCGCAUAAAUAUUCUUCGAAAAGUUCCACUCUACUAUGGGGAGCUACAGGCGAACAAGAAUGGACACCAGCUUUAACCACAGUCAAUGAUGUCCUGAUAGGAGUGGAUUGGAAAUCUUUGACAAUUCCGGCGUGUCUUCCUAUUACAACGGAUUACUUUCCAGACAGGCGAGCGCUAAAUAUAGAUUAUGUUGUUUCUCUAUACAGUCUUCUUCCUGACAGCGUCAAUGCAGAUUUCGUCCAACAAAGGUCGUCUUAUAAAAGGCCGUUAACAACUGUCGAGGUGUUUAAAGAAUUAAUUUCGCAACGAUUGUCUCAAGGAUUCCAGUUAAUCGUAAUGGCGGACAAUGCGAAUUUGAGUAAGAUGUCAGGACCGAAUCCCAAAAUGAGAACCAGCGUGGUUCGAACCACUCAUACCGAUAACGAUGAAAGUUACUUUUUAUCUAUAGGAAGACUGUUUCACAAAAUAUCGCUGUCCGGAAAUACCAUAUCUGUGACCAGAUACAGGCCAAGGCACCCAUAUCCGGGUUUCAACUACCAAUACCGCUACAGGUUUCAUGCCCCAUGGCAUGAUAAUUACGAAGAAUCAUAUGCCACAUUUACUACCGAAAAACUAGAACAUUAUAAUUGGAACUAUCUCGAUCACUACGUAUGCACGGGUGGCGAUACUGAGUUCGUUUUAGUAGACGCUUUAAAGUAUUGGAGGUUUAGAGUUUACCUGAUACCUCUAAAUAAUUCAGCGACCAGAAAAAUAAUCGAUGGUUCGGAAUACUGUGAUAUUUACCAAACUCAAACCUAUGCCGAACAUCAACAAAUGGUUGACGGUGUCAUAAAAUUCAUAGACACGGCCGUGAAUAAAAUCAGAAGAUCGACAAUAUCAAAGAAACCGAGGAUGUCACUGAAUAUAUCUAGCAUUCCUCCACUGGCCCAACCUAGGCGUAACAGUAUGAGCAAUUUUCAGACGAUUGGGUCGAGUUCACCGUUUAGAGAACGUUUGGGCAGCAACAGGUUAUCAGAUAGACCUCGACCAAGAUCUGGUUCGAAAGUGGAUAGAAGUAGAAAUCCUCAAGGGUCUCAGGAUCCCCCUGAUAUCAGAGAAGGUUUUGAACUACCAACUGAUGAAAGCAACAACUUACCAAUAACGAUGUUGAAGUUCAAUGCGACCACUGUAGAAAUUAUAGAAAGCAUGAAACAUCCCGUGAACGGAUUGCAAUUUAUUAAUAUGCAACAGAACAUGCCAAAUUUUACUUUCGUCACCGCUGAUGCUAUAAACUGGUUGAUGAAUCAUAUGGAAGGGAUAGCAACGAUUGAAAAGGCAAUACAAGUUAUGAAAUCAAUAUAUAAGGAUCAAUUAAUACGACAUGCGUCUGGAGAACCAAAUCGACCUUUUAUAUAUGGCUUUUAUUUAUUCUAUAUUAUUUCUAAUGAUAAAGAUGAUAGGGACGCCUUCCAACCUAACGGAGAUAUUCAAUUUUUCGAAAACGAAUGGAUGGAAGUGGAAGUAAAGUUACCUUUAAAUUGGGGCCUGGAGGCAGCACCUUCGACCACUCUACAAGUACCAAAUAGUUUUUCGGAUCAGGAACACGGUGUACCUCAUUUUUUGUGCGAUGUUAUCGAUACAGAAUAUUCAGAAUGUGAUAUAGACGGUAUAGUUAAAAGACCAAUAUACAAAAGAAUGAGAUUAGAGACUGAUGUAGCCGGGAAAAGCGACCGUGUAGAAUGGGGUCACGCUCGCUAUCAAACCGGUUUUAAACCGGACCAAGCAUACGAAUUGGUAGUAGAAUGGUUAACAUCGUCCGGAUCGAUCGUCUGCGAACUAUUAUGGGGUUGGCAUAGAAAAGCCCAAUCCUGUGGACUUCAAAUGAUCCCAAUACCCCAUGAUCCACUAGCUCUACCUUAUUCUAAUAAAUCUGACCCAUUGCGUGGUCCCAUUUUCGUACCACUCGAUAUUAUGUGCCUUGAAGAAAGAAACGCUCCACUGUUUAGAAAUUUUCGAGAAGACACGUAUGCAGAUAGAAUGUUUCUGUUCCAAGAAUCAAUAGUUCAAAGAUUCGGUUUCAUACACUGUCAGGUGGAGCCACCUGACAAAGCCAGUACCUCCAGGGAACAUCAAUAUAUACAUGCAACAGGAACCAUUUUCGUUUUAAUAUCCCGACCAGUGUCCAAAGUAAGAAAUCGCAUCAAUUCGUCUGUGAGACAAAUGGGAAAAUAUUCAGUGCACGCAGAUAUAGUGCCCAGUCCACACGAGGCCUACAUAACCAGACACGUUUCUGGCAAAAAUAAGGAUGAUUAUGACAACUCUAGAAAAAUGGGUUUCCUUUGGUCGUGGAACCACAUGCUGAGCAAACGGUGGAGAACGAAUCAGGGGGUUGAUAACAGCAUACAAUUGAAACUGUUAAAAGAUUUCCGAGAAUUUUGCAGUAAUUCUAAUAAUAGGCUAAAGAAUUUUUGGUACGAAUGUUGGGAAACCAAGGAACUGAACUAUUCAGCAACCGAUAAGUCAAUACCUAUCAAUAAAUAA